CUCUCAGUAUUCCUUAGUUUUCCGAAGCCAAUUGUUGCAGCUGUAAACGGACCUGCUUUUGGCGCGGGUGUGACGCAAGCUACUCUCUGCGAUGCCAUCGUUUCUUGGGAUGAAGCCACAUUUUCCUUGCCCUUCAACCGAUGGAAGGUAUCGCCAGAAGGAUGCUCAUCAGUCCACCUGUUUCGCAUCAUUGGAGCUCGUGUGGCGUCCCGAAUGAUU